AUGCAUUCUGAAGGUAUAUAUUUCAGAUUAGGGACGAAAGACCACGACCAGAGCCUGGAAGGCUAUGCCGCUCCGAAGCUGCCGUACACACUUCACGGAGAAUCAAAGAUGGCUGUUGACAGGGUUACGUUGAGUAUCCCGAAGUUCAAGAAGCAGGAUCUUCUCGAGAAAUGGCGCUUUACAGAUGUGCUUUUCUGCAUCGCGCUUGUCGGUGCGAACGUCGGAGUUUAUUUUGCAAAACCCUUCGAGAGACAGUUCACGAUCAAUGACAUUACGCUCUCGCACCCGUUCGCACAGGUGCAGCGUGUCAACGAUGCUAUGCUCGUGGUCUACAGCUUUGUGGUCCCGCUCGCCGUGAUCAUCGUCGUGAGCUUGUUGUUCGCCGACCCCUCGCACCGCUACUACUUACUCUACAUUUCUGUCCUCGGGCUCUUCCUCUCGUUUUUGUCCGACAUGAUCAUCACCAAUUACAUCAAAAACUGGAUCGGCCGCUGCCGCCCUGACUUCCUCGAGCGUUGCAUGCCGCGCGAAGGCUUGGAGAAGGACGUGUUGUACGGCAUCGAGGUCUGCACGACCACCGACACCGACCGCCUCCUCGAGGGAUUCCGCACCACUCCCUCGGGACAUUCCAGCGAGAGCUUUGCCGGCCUCGGCUAUCUCUUCCUCUGGCUUUCGGGGCAACUCCUCACAGAAAGUCCCGCUGUCGGCGCAUGGCGGAAGGCUGUGGCCUUCAUUCCCCUCAUGGCCGCUGCCGUCAUUGCACUUUCCAGAACACAGGACUACAGGCAUCACUUUGUAGACGUGAUUUUGGGCUCUAUCCUAGGCAUGUGGAUUGCAUGGUGGUCGUACAGGAGGAAUUUUCCUGCAAUCCAGUCCUAUGUGCCAUUCAAACCGCUCUUGGACAACAGCGACGUUGGGCUUCUCAAUGCUCCCAUGCUCCCUCGCUCUGUAGAUGAGGAAAUGGCCCCGCUCAAUACCCCAUCCGUGCAGUCACGUUCCGGCACCGCUCAGGUAUAG